CCCACGGCGACGGCCGGCUCCGCUUCAACUCUCAGUCGGUUCUGUGAUCCGGUGCUUUGUGGAUCUGGAUCAAGGAGCGGAAGACGAGGACUGGUAUCACGGGAAGGAAAACAGAAAGACGCGGAGGGUGGCGGUGACCUGCAGGCGCGACCCAGUCAUAUUUAGCACCCUUGAGAACUAUGUUAGUGUCAUAUGCACAGCUCUGGAAUUACCUCAAAUACUCUGAUCCGGUAAAAUGAUCGAGGGAUUGCUGGUUUUCAGCUGCGUCAUCACCUGGAGCUACUGCGUUUCCCCCGAAUCGCGUGGUCUGCGCCCUUCGUAUUCGGGGAUCGCCCCUGACCUGAUCGAGCCGAUCGACCCUUCGACGGAGCCGAGGCCCAGAGACUUGAACGUCACCGUCCUGGCGGCUAUCCUCGGUCCGGCCCUGGACCUCGAAUACUCGUCGGUGGCCAAGCCGAGCAACACGGACUUCGCCGCCCCGCAUUUCCCGUUCAGGAGGAACCGGAAAGGGCGGCUGGUGCCGACGGGGCCGAUGCCAAAGCACGUCAAAGACGUCGAGUUGGGCUUCGUCCGGCUGAGCGAUGGCACCAAGCUCAAGACCAGGGUGCCGAACAAGCUGCGGAGGAAGCUGCGGCAGCUGUUAUGGGCGUUGACCGCCUGUCCCGUUUCGAACAGGUGGAGGGACUUAGGACCCAGAUUCUGGCCCAGGUGGUUGAAGGAAGGCCACUGCCCGGCCAACAGCUGUUCCGUACCCGCGGGGAUGAAGUGCAAGCCGAGCCGGACCGCGCAUAAGUACCUACUGCGCUGGCACUGCCGUAAGUCUUGCACGUGGAUCAAAGUCCAAUACCCGGUGGUGACGGAGUGCGCCUGUUCCUGCGGCCAAGGAGGAUACAAGUAGCCCCAUUCUAGUCUCCACGGGAAGUCAGCCGAGAGGUGAUCGCGCCGUGCGGACCCUCCGACCCGAGCCUCAAAACCGAGUUGCGACCUAUUCCAUUAAACACAUUUAUUUAAUUAUUUUUUGUUAUCCACUACGAUGACAUAAUAGUAUAUACAACAUAUAUAACAAACAAUUAAUGCACGUUUGCAAAAAAAAUCUUUGCUUUCAACAGAAUAAAAUGUCAGAACAGUUGAUAAUUUUUGUUAAUUCAUAUGAUCACGGAUUUACUGCUUUAUAAACAAUUUAGAUUAAAAAUUACAUAAUUUAUUGUAGAAAAUUAACUGCAUUAUUUUAAAUCACUUAAUACAGCUGGAGAUCGAUUAUGUCACCCUGGUGUGGUUAAUCGUCACGGGCAAACUAUUUAUUUUCUCUAGUUGUUUCUAUUUUUUAAUUUCUUUCAAUAAGGAAUGAAAUUUUCAAUCAAUGUGCUUUUAAAAAAUAAUAUAUUGGUUAUAAACGCUCUCUGACUUUAUAGAAAAAUGUCCAUCUAAAUUUAAAAAUACAUAUAUUGGGCUUUAAUUUAUAUAUAAUUAAUAAUUGUAAAAUAUAAAUGUGGAUCUAGUCAAAAUGGUAAAAGUGUAUGUUGAUCGAUUUCUCAGAUUUGAAAAAUUUAUCUGAAGCGAGCCGGUUUCGGAAACGGCUUGGUCCGCUUUAUCUCGCUUUUUUCGGCCGUGAAAGUGACAGAGAGCGUUGGUCGUGGACGACACGCGUAGGAAGGCUUUUCACCGAAUUUGCGGGGGAAAAGAAACUUUGAAAUCUACUUUUGAACGUGAAAUUUUUAAAACAAUCAUAAAAAACAAAGGCCAAUUGAUUAAAAAGCCUACUUUUGUCAAGCAAUACAAAUAAUUUUGAUCUACAAGUGCCAAUCAACACGGAGGAUACUUUAAUAAGGUUGAUUUAUUGUAAAUUAAUUAUAAAAUAUAUUUUUAAAAUAAAUUUAUUAUUUUGUAUUUAAAUCUGUACAGCGCCGGUUGUCGAAUUUUAACAAAUCACCGGUGAAACCUACACAGUAUUAAGUCUAUUUUUGUACAUAUAACAUAACCGAACGUAUUUUUUUAAUAUAAUAAAUAAUUAUAACCACGUACUGUGUAUUUGUUAAAGAAAUAUGUAUAGAUCAUAACGAAGUUCUAAUAAAUUAUGUAUAAAGCGAAA